AUGAUUGAUAAAGCCCUAUAUCAUCAAGACUACUCUGAGAUCAAUAUCGACACCGCCGUCUCUACACUGGAGUCGACUGGAUCUCCGCCACCGAAAUUGUCCGAAAUUGUCGAAUACUUGGCCUGUGCACCACACAAGGUGGUCCUUGUUGACAACACCAGUGCCAGCAGUCUGGCAGAGGCAUACCCCGAGUUCUUGAAGAGGGGGAUUAGUGUCAUCACCCCGAACAAGAAAGCUUUCUCGGGAAGCUAUGAGCUGUGGCAGGAUAUCUUCAGCUCGGCUAAGUCUGGUGGAUCAAUGGUAUUCCACGAGUCGUCUGUCGGAGCGGGCAUGCCCAUCAUCUCGACAAUCAAGGAGCUCGUGCAAACUGGUGAUGACGUUACACGCAUCGAGGGCGUCUUCAGCGGAACCAUGUCUUUUCUCUUCAACUCAUUCGCUCCGACUUCCGGCUCUGGUGGGAAAUGGUCGGACAAUGUGAAGAAGGCGAAGGAAUUGGGCUUCACUGAACCUGAUCCCCGCGAUGAUCUGAAUGGGCUCGACGUCGCGCGGAAGUUGACAAUCCUUGGUCGACUGGCUGGUCUUCCCAUUGAAUCUCCAUCUUCAUUCCCAGUGCAGAGUUUGAUUCCGGAUGAGCUUAAGGAUGUUGCCAACGGCGAUGAAUUCCUCAGCAAGCUUCAUGACUAUGACAAUCAAAUGGAGGCACAGAAAAUCGCAGCGCAGAAGGAAGGAAAGGUUAUCCGAUUUGUCGGUAGCAUUGAAAUGGCUACAAAGGAGGUAAAGGUGGGACUUGAGCGGUUUGAUCCGAUGCAUCCCAUUGCCACGUUGAAGGGCAGUGACAACAUAAUCAGCUUCUACACCAAGAGGUACGGUGAUAUGCCGCUCACAAUUCGUGGUGCUGGUGCUGGUGGCGAUGUCACUGCAAUGGGUGUGACGGGCGACCUGCUUAAGGUUCUCGCUCAGUUGAGGUAG